AUGCCGCGCCCGGCUCGCCUGCUCCUCUUUCUCGUGCUCGUGUACGCAUUCUGUUGGAUCAAGGGUUGGCCUGCGUACUAUGACGACGAAGAACUGCCCCCAAGCCAGCGACCGAAAUCAACAACAGCCCUUGGCGAACACCGCGUUCCUAUCGACCAUCUCAUCGUUACUGUCACCACCGCCGCCACCGAUGCGUACGCGAAACUCGCGCCAGCGUUGCUGUACCUCGACGAGGCAUACCAUAAAGAAUUACUGUUGAUGGGAGACCUGAUGAUGGACAUCGGACCAUUUCCAGUGUUCGAUGUCCUUGCGAGGUACCCUUGGAAAUACGUGGACAAGACCGACGAGCUGGAGAGAUACAAGCGGCAACUAGAGUAUGUAGGCAAGGGAAUACCGCUCGCCCACCUGAAGGAGAGAGACCCGAACAAGGAGAAGGCGGUUUUGAGCGCGCUGGCAAAGUACAAGAUAUUCAGGGCGAUGGAGAGCACGUGGGAAUAUCGACCGAAGCGCGACUGGUACGUCUUUACCGACGAAGAGACGUUCAUUGACCGCGGGAAUCUGCUGGACUGGCUCAGCCAGUAUGAUCCGAAGCUGAAGCACUUCUUCGGCAAUCCGCCUAUCGCUGAAGUGCCAGAUGCCUUCGCCGCUGCUGGCACGUCCUUCAUCCUUUCAGGCCAAACUAUGCAACUCUUGUUCGAAGAUCGCAAGAAGAUGGUACAGAACUGGGAGAACUGGGACCCUCUGAUCCCUCAAUACCCGUCAGCGGUUCAUCUCGUGGAAAGCUUCCUCAAGAUAGAGCUGAGUCUGGAGAUGAAGAGCUUCUGGCCUGGCGUGUCUGGCUUCAAUCCGAACACGAUCUCGUAUUCGCCUGGUCUGUGGUGCGAACCCGUUUUGAUGAUGCACCAUGUCACUGCUGCCAUUGGAAGCAACCUCUACAAGUUUGAGAAAGAGCGAGUCGAAGAUCACAAGAUCGACAAUGCGUUACGCUAUGCAGAUCUCUGGUACCGGUUCACGGGUCCGGAGGAUCUCAAUCAGACUCGCUAUGACUGGGACAACCUGUCCUCCGAAUUCACCAAUAACAGAUGGAACAUUCUUUUCGAAAAGGACGGCGAGCCGGACGCUAAUCGCGCCACCAGAGGAGAAGACUCAUGGGAGGCCUGCAAAAAUUCGUGUGACAGCAACAAGUAUUGCCUGCAGUGGUCGUACUCGUCGCUUGUGGCGAACAACUGGAACGAGAAUGGCUUCACCAAAUGCCACCUGAGUAGCAGCAUGCGCCUCGGUACGCACGCCGAAGCGGAAGAGGUUGAAGUCGAUGGCGAGAAGCAGUCUCGUACUUGGACGAGCGGGUGGAGAAAAGAUCACUUCAAACGCUGGGCAAAUCAGCAGCGAUGUAAAAACCAGCAGCACUGA